AUGGAUAAUCACGAACGAAGAGUACUUGAUUAUGUAAGAGAAAAGGAUUUUUGGCUAAAAGGCGGUUUUGAUACGGUACGCGACUUCAUCGCCAUAGAUGAUGAAACUGACGAGGAAGACACAGUAGAAAGUGACAACCCAGCCACGCCCAAGAGGGUAUGGAAAAAAAAUCCCACACAUGCUUCGGUCGGUAUUGAUGGCGAAAGCGGGAAAGAAUUUUAUCGUAUACCCGUGGAAUGGGUUUCAAGAUUGUAUGUUAAUGAUGACGGAUUUUUUGUCCUAAAACCGUAUGAGUUUUGCUGUCGUGAAGUUCUAGUACGUUCAUCUACCCAAUUGGUUCGUUGUCAAUCCCUAACGAUAUCUCAAAAGUAUUAUUGUGAUGAACAUUUUUUCCACGUCGGUUCGGGGAAAUGUAUCGAGAAUUCAAACGCAGAAACCCAAGUGUUUGCCGCUACACAUCUGUAUGUGGGUUUAAAAAGCAUUAUGCGCAUGUUUGAAACAGGACUGUAUUGUAAUACUGGCGAAAUGCUAUGUGCGUUGGAAAAACAAGACGACCGGCUGAGUUACUAUGUUAAAGAAGUGAAAUAUAGUGAAAAGACAGUCACCGUAAUAUAUACUAAAAUAAUGAAGAAGGGUACGUUUAUUCGUAAUUAUCUUGCGCAUAUAUUAGUAUGUAAAAAAUGUAAUAGGUAUCUUGCAGAUUUUCUAACGCUAUUAGAUCAAGCUGUUGAAGAUCACCCAUGUCCCGAAUAUAAGGAGUUAACGUGUGACGGGUAUAAUCAUCUUGGAUUACCCAUUUAUUCGCAUAUAUUAGAUGCGGAUUUUGAUAAUUUAAACGCCAAAGCUUAUUACGGUGUCAUUGAUGGCGAGUUAGAAGAACCGUGUGCUUAUGUCGACUUUUUUAUGAAUACUUAUGUAAAAAAAUAUGUAUGA